AUGCCUGAAAGGAAUGUGGUUUCAUGUGAAGACUUUGUUGCAGUGUACAUCACCAUCAAAAAGAUUGUGAAGCUAUUGUUGUUUCUACUUAGAUCAUCUAAUGCUUCAAAAUAUGCGAGCUUAGAUCUUUCGAGGAUUGAUCGGAUCAUUCGAUGUUCAUUAAGCUCACAAGGGCUUCUGGCAGCAGCUGUAGAGCCAGUUCCGGAAAGCAAUGUGUCGAGCGUGGAGGAGAGGUCAAUGGAAGAUAGAGAGAGGUGGUGGAAGAUGGGAUUAAAGGCCAUUUCUGAUGGAAAGUUGGGCGUUCUUCUUUUAUCUGGCGGACAGGUACUGAUGGAAAGAUGA